AUGGGACCAAUACAGCAAGUUGUGUUCCUGUUUCUUGGUCAUUGCUUUGCUGCCCGGUCUUUCGGAAGACCCGAAGACACUUUGUUUCCCCAGGAUUUUGGAGGAUUCUUUGACAAUAAUUGGCUGUUUCCAUUUGACAGAAACUUCGACUUCCCAACGUUUGACACGUUCUUCAGCUCUUGGAGAUCCUGGAACCCCGACUUUCACAUGCUUGCCGAGUUCCCUCCUGUUGUAAAUGUUCCACGAAUCCAGGUUUUUUGUGAUGAAACUAAGCUGACGUUGCUGGUAGACAAGAACGCCUUUGGUCUGACGUUGGCCACGGGGGACAUCCAGCUGGGUGAUGGCUGCUAUAGCAACAAAGAGCUUCCAAACCAGCUUGGUUUUGUUUAUAAUUUGGACCAAUGUGGAACUGUGCCAGUGCUCCAGAAUGGUGAGCAGGUGUUCACCAACUCACUCCACUUAAAUGUCAAGAAAAAUUCUCCUUGGUGGCAAACUCCCCCCUCAAUUCAUGUAUCCUGCAUCCCAAAGAGGCUGUUUAUGGAUCCAAACCCUGUUUUUCAACCAGAGAAAGCAAAGACCUUCAACAUCCAAGCCAUGAACCCAUCCUGGACCAACAAAGCAGAGUCUAACAUCUAUAAAAGAGGCCAGAUGAUCAACCUCCAGGUUUCUGCCACAACUGGACCAGAUCAGCAGCUUUUCAUCCAGUCCUGUUUUGUCUCUGCUUCUCCUGAAGCUCAAACCAGACCUAGACGCUCUGUCAUAUUGAACAAGGGAUGUGCAUCUUCACUGGGUCACAUGGUUGCACAGUUUGUGUCCACCGAUCGAGCGGAUGUGGUUAACUUCAUCGUGAACACCUCUCGUGGUGGUUCUGAGCUCUAUAUCCACUGUAGCGUGGUCGUCGCGGAUGCAGCGGUCACUCCUGCCUCGAAGUCCUGCAACUACAACGUGAAUAAAUCAAGAUGGGAAGAACUAAACGGGGACGUAGAAGUCUGUGGCUGCUGUAGCUCAAAGUGCAAAGGUCCAGUUGUCUAUAACCUUUCUGUUGAUGCAAAGGCCGUGGUCAGCAUUGGCCCCUUGGUUAUUGUUGACGACGGUGAGUCGAGUCCUGCCCUUCCAGAAUCCGAACCUCAAACUUUCGGCUCUUUACCCACCACCAUGAGAUCCGACGCCCCUGAUCCAGCUGACGACGUGGCUGUUUCUGCUGCUGAUCCUCUAAUAAACUUAUUCCAGCCUUCCCCACAGGGUGUGGUAAUGGUGAGGAAGGAUCCAGAUGCUACGAUAACACUCUGGCUACCUGAACCGGUGCAGGCGGACCAUGAGAAUGGCAUCCAUCAGGCUGAAGAGUCCCUCAAACCAGAUGAGAAGUCAGAGAUGAGAGUGAAAAGCGAAGGUGACUCUUCGCUCUGGGAUCUGAAGCUGCUGCCUCUGGCUGAUGGCUGGAAAAUUCCUCAAGACUAUGAAGUGAUUGCUGGAAGCUUCCCAAGUAAUAAAAAAUUCAGAAGGUCUGGAAGCUCUGUUACAAAAACGACUCCGGCUGAGUCCUCUCUCCCAACUGAGAACAUAAAACAGAAUGGCCACCAGCCAAGUUGA